AUGGGCGGCGCCUACUAUGAUCCUUCGAAUGGGAUCUUUUACCUCAUGGAAGAUGCGGUGGAUACCGGUGGAGAAUUCGAAGUUCUCAUCAUGCUGCUUGAGCAAGUCAUGCCAGAGGUGGUAUUACUGAGCUCAAAGGCAGAGGAAAGCUUGACAUCUUGUAUCCAAAAGGCUGAAUGCCCGGGAGGGAUCGACAAGACGCCGACCGUUGUGAAAAGACCGUCUCGAGAAUACUCUGCUUCCGAUGGCUUUAAGAAGCUGCAGCGGUUGAGCGUUCGCAGCCAAGAUGGUGUAGUCCCAUCAGGAAACCACCAUUCUUCCAGUACAUCGACCAGGUCGACGGCGUCUCAAGAUCCUGGAAGAGAUAUUCACUUCAGCAAGAAUUCUAACCUGACGGCAAACGCGUUUAUAAAUGUUGAAGCUUCUCACUAUUCGUUGGGUGCCGUAGCCGCUCUGUUAUCUUACUUGCAAAGUGGCAUUGCCAGGGAUCAAGAUAAUGAUUCCCCUCAGGGUGGACUGUUCGUGAGCAAAGUGGAAAUGAUUAAAACCCAAAAAUUCAUGCAUUUAGGCAACGAUGCCAUUCAAUCCUUACAGAUUUUCGACCAGGAAGCACAUGCUAAUUCACAUUUCUCCAAAACAAAAGAAGGAUUAUCACUAUAUGGAAUUCUGAAUGAGUGCAUUACUCACAACGGAAAGCUGUUACUUCGAAACUGGCUACUCAGACCAAGUACUGAUCCAAAAGUGAUCGGAUCUCGUCAAGAUGCGAUUGAGUGCUUUCUGGAGCCAGAAAAUGGUGUGGUGAUAUUAUUACUUUCCCUCUUUGCCUCUCUACCAAGUGUUAAUCAGCUGCUUGAUUUGGCGUUUUCAGCGGACUAUGUAGGAAAAAUGAGACAAGAUCUCAAGCUACUAGGUAACAUCAACCGAACCACAAUGAUAAUAUCAAGCGGGAAAUCUCGAGUUGGUGAAUGGAAAUCUUUAACCAAUUCGAUUCAUGCUUGCCAAGCACUUUACGAGGAUUUCUCCAAGAUGAAUUUGACUAUCGAAACCCCUCUAUUUAUCAAAAUGAAAAGCAGAGAUCGGCUUGAGAUAGACUUGGAACCACUGGCUUCCAAUAUUGAAGAAUUGAUUGACUGGUCUGAAAGCAAACUCAACGGAGGUCGGGUCACGAUCCGAUCAGAUGUUGAUGAAGAGCUGGAUGGUUAUCGAGGGCAAUAUGCUUCAAUGGAGACCCAACUUUGUUUCAUAGCCGAAAAAGUCAGCACGGAGACUCCUUUCAAGUCUCUGCCGGGGUUCUCCAUCAACUAUUUCCCCCAGAUCGGUUACCUUUGCGCCAUACCUUUCCCCACUCCUAGCGGCAGUGUUGAUCCGUCAACGUUGGAAGAUUGGGAAUUCCAGUUCUCCACUGAUACUGAAGAGCACUACAAAAAUGGACUCAUGCGAGAGUUGGAUGACCAUUACGGAGAUCUGGCGACCGCUAUUGAUGACAGAGAGAUCGAGCUUGUGCACAUUCUGGAAGAGGAGGUUUCCAAAUUUGCUAGCAUCUUACUAAGUGUUAAUGAUGAUUUAGCUGAGCUAGAUUGUCUUUUAUCCCUCGCCAAAGUUACAUUCGAAAGAACGUGGGUUCGUCCUAAAAUCCUCAAUCAGAAUACUAUUCAAAUCAUUGCCGGACGUCAUCCCCUGGUGGAAGGUUGUGUCGAAAAUUACAUUCCGAAUGAUACUCAUCUGGUUGCAAGCGCACCCUCUAAGGCCCAAAGAAAGAAGCGCAAGAGCACCGAGUCUUACACAGGCAAUCCAAUGAUUGUUCUCACAGGGGCCAACUUUUCCGGAAAAAGUGUAUAUCUGAAGCAAGUGGCAAUGAUUGUCAUUAUGGCACAACUGGGUUCAUUUGUACCCGCAGAAGAGGCCCAUAUUGGAAUUCAUGAUGCGGUAUUUACAAGGGUAUCCACCACCGAGAGUGCAUCCCGAAGUUCUUCCGCAUUUAUGAUUGAUCUACUAAGGGUUUCUUUCAUGCUGCGUAACUGCACUGCUAGGUCGCUUUUGCUCAUAGAUGAAUUUGGAAAGGGGACGGAUCCCACAGAUGGGCAGGCUCUAUUUUGUGGUGUCAUAGAGCAUUUAAUCUCGAGAGGAUCAAGCUGUCCAAUCACGCUGGUUUCUACCCACUUUCAUGGUGUUUUUACCAAUGGGUUUCUCUCACUUGAUCUUCCGAUCGAUUACACACACAUGUGUAUUGUCCUGAAAGACGGAGGGGGGCCAGAAGAGGAGAACUCACCAACAUACCUCUAUAAGCUCGCGCCUGAUCUUGUCAGUUCGUCCCAUGCCAUGGGAUGCGCCGCCCAAGCCGGUGUUCCAAGACAUAUCCGAUUGAAAGCAGAUCGAGUGAGCCGUCUUCUCAGUCGACACGAGAUUCUGGAAUUGCUUGACGUUCGAUUGGAUGAGGAUGAGCGCGAGGAGCUUGGGAGGAUGGAGGAAACCGUCAGACGAUUUGUGGCUAUUGAUUUCGAGCAGGAUGGGUUGUCUUCCUGUAGAGAUUGGAUGGCUUAUUUGCGCGAAAACGUGCUAGAAAAUGAAAGGACGCGUGCUGUCAAGACAAUCAAAGUGGACUUUAGAAGUCUUGAAUUCCAAAAAGCACCCAGGCUUCCGGUAUCAGGAUGCCGGGGCGAGGUAGAAGGGUUUGGCAAGGGCGGUCAAACCGUCGGGGGAAAGGUAUAUAAGAAGCUACCGGAAGAAGCUUGGUUGGCAGGAAUGGAUUCGAAAACGUUUUGUCAAAAGCUGCCCAAGAUAGAAUGUCAUGCCCAUCUGAGCGGCUCGAUUCCCCUAGAGGUCUUGCAAGAACUGCACAAGGAUGCUAAGGAAAGACAACCCAACUUAGGAGCUUGUCCAUCUCCGUCGGAUUACACGGAUUUGCAAAGUUUUUUUACCCUUUUCGGCGAGCACAUCUACCACAUACUAGAUACGCCUGAAGCGAUCACCCGAGCGACGAGUGCGGUGUUGUCGUCAUUCAGGGCCGACGGCUGCAUCUAUCUGGAGCUGCGAACGACUCCGCGGAAAUUCCGAGCCGGCUCGGAUUCGUUUAGCGAGUAUCUGGAUGCGGUGAUUGAAGCGAUCGAUCGGAACGACGAAUCCAAGAUGAUGGUCCGCUUGAUCCUGACCGUCAACUGGGAUUUCGGGCCCGAUCAAGUCAAGGAGAUCGUCCAAUUGGCCACUAAGGCUCGUGACGCCGGUCGCUGUGUAGUCGCUAUCGAUGUCGCUGGGGAUCCUCAAAUGAGCAUCUUUCGGACCGAUGGCUUUACCAGAGAACUAGUCAAGGCUCAAGUCAAUGGACUCAAGCUAACAAUCCAUUUUGCUGAGGUAGUCGAACAAAGACCUUUUCUUGAGAAGCAGUUAACUGAAUUAAAGCCGGACCGACUAGGACAUGCGGUUUUCCUGACGGCCGAAGUAGCCGAAACCAUAGUCCAGCAGAAACGGCCGAUCGAAAUCUGUCUGACAUCGAACCUGAAAGUAGGCUCGAUCCGCUCGUUGGAGGAGCAUCAUUUUGCGUGGGCGGUCAACAACCAUGUGCCGGUCUUGAUCUCGACCGACGAUACGUUGGUCUUUGGUACCACACUCAGUGAGGAGUACGAAUGGGCUUUAAGUUUAUUGAAUCAUGAUAGACAGAAGUUGGUCUCUUUAUUGAAAGAGUCGAUCACUUGCACUUUCUGUUCACCAGAGGAUCAAGUGGCCUUAAUCCAGAAAAUCGAUCAAUUUAGUGCUGACCCAUCGAACGAAGUCUCCAAAUCGUCCUGAUUGAAUUAUGGAAUGAUAGCUUUGGUUUUGAUGUAAGAAAUGAUGAUGAUUUUGCAAGAAACGUGCUCUUUUGAGUGUGAUCCAAUCAACCUGUGGAAAGCAGACGCUUUGUCAAUAAUGUACGGCGG